AUGUCAACUAAUAAAGAAAUCAUUGAAGCUGUUAAGAAUUGUGAUUGUAUUGAACCAAAUAAAGAAUCACAAAAACCAAUAUCACCUGCAAAAGCCUUAAGAUUUAUCUGUGGAAUCCUAACUUUUCUUGAAGAGCAUCUAGAUAGAAGUUUUAAAGUUGAUGAUUCUCUUAUUCAGAAUUUAGAGAAAUUAAAAAAAGAAGUAAAUUCAAAACUUGUCACUUCUAAACAUCAAGCAAUCUUGGAUACAUUCAUUUUAGCUUGGAAUUGGGCUGACCAACUUUGGAAAAUUUAA